CGACGUGUUAACAAUCCAUGUUUCGAUGUUUUCAGAAGAACAUCGCUAGUUCGAUGAUAAAGAAUUCAAACACGAUGCCGGUGUUUAUUUUCUACUAAGAUCGCCCAUCCCGGUAUGCGAUACGCGAGACAAUGUCGUUCAUCCGAACUAUCCUAUUCAACGAAUGUGCAAGGAGGGCGUGCAUCGAGCCCCGUGCGAUGAAAUACGACGCGCCGAGCCGUCGAGUGGCGUCCUCUGGACCGUGUAAGAUGUGCAGUAUAGCAGUUCAGUCGUAAGGUAAAUGCAAAGAGAGGAUAAAUGGUAAUGUAAUAAACGUGCUCUAACCUACCUCUACAUCACAUCAGCUCGGCGCGACUAGACUUUGCUUACGUAUUGGUGGAUAUCCUGUCGCUAGAAAAACAGAGAACCAUUGUUUUCUUCUCCAGGUCGAAAGGGUGGCUGGGUAUUCCAGCACUUGGAAGCCGAAAACGUCUAUUUCUAGUCCGAAGCAUAAUAUAUCAAUAGAACAAUACAAUGUCCACGCAAUUCCUAGGGUGUACCGUGUCGGUCAAGUGCGACGAGUCACUUGGCACUUACCAAGGCCAAAUUGUCGACCUUAACGGCCAAACCGUCACUUUGACAAAGGCUUUUCGAAACGGGGUACCUUACCCCUCUCCGCAAGUUGUUCUGUCUGCCAAGGACAUACUUCAUAUAGAAAUAAUCUCAACAGAGGAAGCUGAGGAUUGCCGUGAUGAAGUUCAGACUUCGAGCAAAGUCACGGUGAGGCGACCCAUUGCAAAACGAGCUGGUAGAUCCGUUUCUGAAUGCAUUCCACCUUUGGUACUUCCUAAUUCCGAUAUUCAACAGCAAUCUAAUGCGCGGAAACCGCUUGAUUCUAUGCAGUCACACCCAGAGCCUGCUGCUAAUGGAAAAAUAUAUCUAGGCGAGAUAAGCACAAAAAACCAGAAAAGGAGUUCGCAACGACAAAGAUGGCAGGAGAAAGAUGAACAAGCCUUUGGAACACCCAUAGAUCAGUCGAUGGAGCAGGACUUUGAUUUUGAGAAAAAUUUAGCACUGUUCAAUAAGGAGGCUGUGUGGCAAGAAAUAAAUUCCUUGAAGCCAGACAUCGUUCGUCAAUCUGAAAACACCAGAGGAAGUGUACCAAAAUAUCGUCACGAUGAAAACGUAAUAGAAUCCGAACCUACAGCAUUCAGACAAAUUGCAGUGCCGUCCGCUGGUAUCCGGGAAUAUGUAACUGACGAUGGAUUAGUAAUUCCUAGCAUAACGGUCGAUCUCCAUCGUCAAUUAAUCGGUGCUGCUGAUAGACUAGGUAUUAGCUGGGAUCGCAGGGUCGAGUUACUGGGUCGUGCAGGAGCGGAAAUAAUUCUACAGCUAUUGGGUGGUGGGCAUAGACUAAACCCGAACAAUGCGCACCAAUGGCCAACGGUAGUCGCCCUGUGUGGACCCCACAGGUCAGGAGCUGCGGGUGUCAAUUGCGCUCGCCAAUUGUCAAGUCACGGGGUGAAGACUGUCGUGUACGUUGAAAAUUCGGAAGACGUCUUCCUGCUGCAGGAAUUGUCGUUGUACAAGCUAUCGGGAAACAGGGUUGAAACUCGGUACAAGAAUCUUCCCGCAGUAGCUGAUCUCAUACUCCUCGCUCUUGGCGAGGAAGGCUCGCCAAGGACAGUUGCUCCCGUUGCUACAUGGGCGAACAGCAAUAGAGCACCAGUUCUUGCAAUUGAACCCCCGUCAGCUGGGACUCCAGGAAUUAUGACAAAAUUCAGUCUCCUUGGUGGAUUGCCCCUGUCCCAUAGCGCGGAUAACGGAAGAUUGUAUCUUUGCAAUUUGGCCCUACCUGCUAAAGUAUUUUCGGACGUUGGUAUCACUUACAGAUCUCCGUUCGGACCGAAAUUCGUUAUUCCACUUCAUUCCAACAGCUCCUAGCAGAUUCCUAUGACGUUCAUCACUUCCGUGAAGGUACCUUAGAAUCGGCUUCUCUAAAUCUGUCAUUAUGCGAACUGAAAUCAACGACCCACGGAUUAUUAAUUACUCGAACAAAAUAAUUAAUUAUCCAGUUUUUAUCAUCAAACUAGUUUAAUAUGUAUCUAAAUAUCAACGCCCGCGAUUGUCGCGUGUUCCGUACGCGUGUUUGUUAUUUACGCGGUGUGUUAAUUAAAUCGACAUUGGACUACUGUCCGUUUCUUAAUUUUGUCAUGCGCUCUUUUUUAGGAGCGAAUUUGUCUCACGUGACUUUUGUAAUUACGAGUACAGUGGAACCUCGAUUAACUGGGCUGCUCAAGACCGAAGAAUCCACGAAUAAGUGAAAUCACGGUUAAUCCGAAUUAUUAGUAAUUUUCGAUCGAUUCAGUAGUGACUGCCGAGCAUGUGAUGCAGUCAGUGAACUACGAGUAUUUUCACAAGUCUAAUCCCUUUUCAAGACAACCGCUAAUACCCGGUUACUCACGCGUGGCGCAGAGGCGCUCCAGAGGGUCACGGUUAAUUCGCUCCCCGGUUAAACCAAUCCCAGUUAAUCGGGGUUCUACUGUAUACCGUUAGCUAGUAUCCAUAACUAUUAGCUUGUUUGUAUUUUUUUUUUUUUUUAAUGUUGAUAGCAUCUAAUCGUGGGCCACAGCUGUUAUAGUUUCAGCGACCAUUGCUGAUUAGUUUGUCGAAGUUGCUAGAAACUAAUAACAAGGUGGAAAAAACCUGUACGUUGCAAAAUGAAAUUUAUAUAUCGUUUGGCUCACGCCUUGCAGCGUCAAGAAAUGUGCAAAUUGUUAUUCGUUCCGUGCUCCUAUUUAAAAAAAAUAUAAACUUGAAUCACGUCCAGUUCAUAUAUAUAUAUAUAUAUAUAUAUAUAUAUAUAUAUGGAUUGAAACUUGCUUAAAUUGUAAUUAUCAUAUUAAUUAAUUUAUUUAUAUUUUAUACAUAGUUGUAUAUCGAGAGAGAGGUGCUGGGUAAGUACCGAGUGUUGAUGAUUCUGUCAACGGUCUACCAUAAGUUGAUGAUUGUGUACUAUUGUAUAGCCAUAUUAUUACGACGAUGACUAUUCUUAUUAUUAACAUAUAUACAUGAUGUAAAAUUGUACAAUAGAAGAUCAAGAAUGCAGCAGUAA